AUGGCUACCCCACAUCAAUACCACCAGCCCAAUGCUCCAGACUCGGACGACUCGGACCUGGAUCUCGCUCUCGAAGAACUGGACCCUCUGGCUGCGACCGCGACCACGACCACGACGGCCUCGACAGCCACCCCAACCCACCGCCAGCCCACCGAACAAAGACGACCCUAUCAUGACUUGGGCGCAAGGAUACCACUGCGAAACCUUAGGGUAGGAAGGUUGCGGGGAAAUCGGAGAAAGGAAGAGCCGCAGGAGGAGGAGGACCUGCGAGGCUUGCUAGACGAACACGACACGCCAAAGCGAGAUUCCGCUGGCAGUUCUGCACAAUCUGCAGACGACGAUGCCCCUCUACUACCAUCUCAUAACAUGCGGCUGAGAAAUCGCCCGCCUCCUCGCGCUCUCUCUAGGCUAGGCUCCAACAUUCGCCUGCCUAGCUUUCUCUCUCGUAACCACAAUUCGGCCAUACAGCUGGGCGAGCAAGGAGCAGAGUCAGAUGCAGACGAGGAACACGACCCGACUACGCAGAGGACGAUCGCUGUCGGCCAGCCUCAGUCCUCCAAGUUUCCCGCCAACGCUGUCUCCAACGCAAAAUACACACCAUGGAGUUUUCUCCCACGAACCCUGUACAAUGAGUUCUCCUUCUUCAUCAACAUGUACUUCUUGCUUGUCGCUCUUUCCCAACUUAUACCCGCCUUGCGACUCGGCUACCUUUCAACCUACAUUGCACCUUUGGCCUUUGUCUUGACCAUCACGUUGAGCAAGGAAGCCUUGGACGAUAUCGCGCGACGGCGGAGAGAUGCAGAGGCCAAUUCCGAAGGCUACACGGUACUGAUGUUUGAGGAGAACGGGGCUGGCAACGGCAUGGCGCCAGGGAAAAGCUCGCAGAAGAAACGACGGCUAAGAAAGUCGUGGAAAGAGGGAGGUCGUCUAGCAGACAUGGACCAGGAGGAGCAACGGCUAUCUACCAAAGGUCUCGCGACGUGCACUUAUUGGGAAGUCGUUAAGCCUUCGAGGAAUUUAAAAGUGGGCGAUGUGGUCAAGCUUGGUAAAGAUCAGCGAGUACCUGCGGAUAUGGUCCUUCUGAAGACAUAUGCUACCGAGAACAGUACUGCGGUUCUGGAGCCUGUGAGCCCCAAAAGAUCGCCUCUGAUAGACCAAGAUUCGACAGGCGAUGAAGAGCCAGCCAAAGUCGAGGCUACCUUGGCUUCAGGAACCUCUGGCGAAGCCUUCAUACGGACAGACCAACUGGAUGGCGAGACCGAUUGGAAGCUGCGCCUGACAUCGCCUCUUACACAAAACCUAGAUGUUGGAGAAUACACCCGGCUCCGUGUGGUCGCUGGCAAACCUGACCGAAAGGUCAACGAGUUCUACGGAACCGUGGAGCUACCUCCCAGGACCCAACGCCACUACGAUCCACAUGAGGAUGAACGGCCCUCUUCGUCAGACGAGAGUCAGUCAGCGCCUCUCAAUAUCGACAACACCAUUUGGGCAAACACCGUGGUAGCCUCGAGUUGUAGUCUACUUGCCGUUGUCGUCUAUACCGGUCCGCAAACUCGGCAAGCUCUUUCUACCUCACCUUCACGAUCCAAGACAGGCUUACUGGAGCUGGAAAUCAACUCGUUGACAAAGUGGCUGUGCAUCUUUACACUAUCACUCUCCUUCAUCCUGGUGGCAGUGGCCAAGUUUCGGGUCAUCGAUGGCCGGCCGUGGUAUGUUUCCAUGAUGAGAUUUCUCAUCCUGUUCUCAACCAUCGUUCCCGUCGGUCUGCGUGUCAAUCUGGACAUGGGCAAGUCUGUCUAUGCGUGGUUGAUUGAGCAUGAUCAAAGCAUUGCAGGGACGGUGGUCCGGACGAGUACGAUACCCGAAGACCUAGGUCGUAUCGAGUAUCUUCUAAGUGACAAGACGGGCACUCUUACUCAAAAUGAGAUGGUCAUGAAAAAGAUACAUGUCGGAACGGUAUCCUACGCCAACGAGGCCAUGGAUGAAGUCUCAUCCUAUGUGCGCCAGUGCUUUACUGUUCCUGCGGGAGAGACUCCCACCAUGGUCACUCCAUCUUCCGCAUAUACCGCUCCAUUGACCUCGGCUACUCGUACACGACGGGAGAUUGGGUCUCGUGUGCGUGAUGUUGUGCUAGCACUAGCAUUGUGUCACAACGUCACCCCUACUAUUGAAGAGGAGAAUGGCGAAUCCAUCACCACGUACCAAGCAUCCUCCCCGGAUGAGAUUGCCAUUGUACGCUGGACUGAGGCUGUUGGCCUCAAACUUCUUUCCCGCGAUCGGGAAUCCAUGACUCUACAGUCAUGCGAGAGUGGCAAUGCAGUCGUCAAGGUGCGCAUACUCACCGUCUUCCCCUUCACAUCAGAGGGGAAACGCAUGGGCAUCGUCGUGAAGUUUUACCACGGACCAGAAUCCUCUCCGUCUGAAGAUGACGGCGAGAUUUGGUUCUAUCAGAAGGGCGCCGACACCGUCAUGACGGCCAUUGUUGCUGCCAAUGACUGGCUAGACGAAGAAACUGCAAACAUGGCGCGCGAAGGUCUUCGAACACUGGUCGUGGGUCGCAAGAAGCUGUCUGCGCAGGCUUACCAGGACUUCUCGAUCAAGCAUGCGCAGGCUUCGCUAGCUCUCAACAACCGUGAUAGCGCCGUCGCCAAUGUUGUCAAGGAGUACCUCGAGCACGAUCUAGAGCUCCUUGGUGUCACAGGCGUUGAAGACAAGCUCCAAAAAGACGUCAAGCCUUCUUUGGAACUCCUCCGCAAUGCAGGAAUCAAGAUCUGGAUGCUGACUGGCGACAAAGUCGAAACCGCACGCUGUGUUGCCGUCAGCUCGAAAUUAGUAGCACGAGGCCAAUACGUGCACACCAUUGCAAAGUUGAAGCGCAAAGAUCUCGCCCAUUCCUCUCUGGACUUCCUCCGCGGCAAAACCGAUGCCUGCCUCCUCAUCGACGGCGAGUCCCUCGCCCUCAUGCUAACCCACUACCGGCAAGAAUUCAUCUCCAUUGCCGUGCAACUCCCCACUGUCGUCGCCUGCCGCUGCUCGCCCACGCAAAAAGCCGACGUCGCGCGCCUGAUCCGCUCCUACACGCAGAAACGGGUGUGCUGCAUCGGCGAUGGCGGCAACGACGUGUCCAUGAUCCAAGCCGCCGACGUGGGCGUCGGCAUCGUGGGCAAAGAAGGCCGGCAAGCCAGUCUCGCCGCCGACUUCUCGAUUGAGCAAUUCUGCCACCUGGUCAAGCUGCUGGUCUGGCACGGCCGCAACAGCUACAAGCGCAGCGCCAAACUGAGCCAAUUUGUCAUUCACCGCGGCCUCAUCAUAUCCAUUUGCCAGACGGUCUACAGCAUCGCGUCGUCGUUUGAACCCAACCCGCUGUACAAGGACUUCCUGCUCGUCGGCUACUCCACAAUCUACACAAUGGCCCCCGUCUUUUCCCUCGUCCUCGACCGCGACGUCGACGAGAGCAUGGCCAAUCUCUACCCAGAACUCUACGCCGAGCUCAAGACGGGUCGCAGCCUCAGCUACAAGACCUUCUUCGUCUGGGUCGCCGUCUCCCUCUACCAGGGCUCCAUCAUCCAAGGGCUGUCCCAGCUCCUCAUCGGCGUAGGCUCUAGCUCCGCCACGCCGAGCGACCCGCUCUUCCUCCGCAUGGUCAGCGUUUCCUUCUCGGUGCUGAUUGUCAACGAGCUCGUCAUGGUGGCCAUGGAGGUUACGACGUGGCAUUGGAUCAUGGUGGCCAGUCUGCUUGGUACUGCGGCCUUGUAUUUCGGCUCCGUCCCCUUUCUCGACGGCUAUUUUGAUCUCCCGUUUGUGGCGAGCUUGCCGUUUUGGUGGAAGGCGGGGCUGAUUGCGGGGGUCAGUCUGUUGCCCCCGUAUGCGGUGAAGAUUGUGAGGAGGAGGUGGCGGCCGCCGAGUUAUCGCAAGGUUAGGGCUGUUUAG